CAGCAAUUUUUUAGAUCUUCGUUGUGUCUGAAGGUCUGAAUGAAUUAGAGCUUUUAGGACAUGUAUUACAAGCGUAUACUUCACUACUAUUCGUAUUAGAAAGUAGGAACUAUUCUAUUAACUAGAAAGGUUGCCGAGUGAAAUAGGCUUUUUAAAGCCUAUAUGCUCCAUUGUGACGAACUUUCAAGCUCAUCCUUUAGCAUAUGCAGAUAUUGAAUUUCAGGGUGUUAUCAGUAAUCAUAUUUAUAGGUUAGCUUUCGAAACCUAUUUGGUUGAAUGAACCGAAUUAUUCACGCACAAAUCUGAAGAUCGCCUCCAGAAGAAUUGUGGUUUUCUUAAAUUAUACCUCACUAAAUGUUGAGGCGAAGAUUCCUGUGUAGAGUCAUCCGACUAUACAAUACUUGUACGGAUGUGGAAGUGUCGAGACUCCCACGACACAAUGAUUGUUUACUGAUGUGGAAUAAAGUCAAAAAUCAGCAGAUUAAUCUAUGCAUGUCACCGCGUGUUGAAAAAGUUACAGUUAGUUACGAUGGCAUUCUGGGGAAAUCAACUUUGGAAAUGACUAAGGGCAUAUCAACUCCUUUAGACUGUGCCAAACACUUAUCUGAAAUGUUGGUUAAAGAAAGUGCUAUUGCUAUGGUUAACAAUGUACCUUGGGAUAUGAAUCGUCCAUUGAUAUGCGACUGUUCACUUGAUUUUGUUCACUUCAAGGAUUCUCACAUUGAUCCAACAGCUGCAAACAAUGCAUUUUGGCAGUCAUGUACUCUCCUUUUAGCAGCUGCCCUAGAGACAGCUUUUCACCAUAAACACAAUGUUCGCGUAAUCAGUCUCCCGGUGGUCAGUCCACAAAGCGGUGGAUUCACAUGUGAUAUUUCAUUCGAUCCCACCCACAAGUCAUUUACUAACUGGAUACCGUCAUCUCAAGAAUUAUAUGCACUAAGUACCCAUAUUCAAAGGAUGGCAAUUAAUGAAUUAAAUUUUGAACCGUUAGAUGUGCCGGUUGAUAAUGAACUAUUUCAAAAGUUGUUUGCAGAUAAUCCUCUACGAUCGAAACAAAUCAGUCAGGUUUUUAACAGGCAAAGUGUUGGUGAAUCCCAAUUCAACGAAAGAAAUUCUCUGCCUGUCUAUCGGGUUGGAGACUUUGUUGAGUGCUUUACUGAUGGACCACUAAUUCAGUCAACUAAACUUAUAGGAAAAAUUGCAAUCAGUUCAUUUAAACAUCUUGGUCGCCUUCGGGGAUCUUCGAAUUCUGUUUAUCGUGUUCAAGGUGUAGCAAUACCAUCAGCUUUCCUCACACACUUUACGACUUUCAACCGUCUUAUCCAGUGGUCUCAGUUGCCCAAUGCAGAAAUUGAUGCCUUUCCAGAUUAUGUAGAAGCUUAUAAGUGACAAAUGUAAACCCAAAAUCCAGUUAUUUUUCAUUGUAUUAUAUUUAACAUAUGACGUUAACAAAUCACUUUGUACUAUUAUCAGCCAAUUACAAUAAACUGAUCAAAGACUUCCUAUUCUCUUUGAAACCAAA